AUGGACGCCAUUGCGCAAAAUGUACAAUUCUUGUCGGAGAAAACGCUCCGAGAGAUCGCCAAAGGUCCAUUGGUGAAAUUCACACUGACAUGCCAAGAGACUGAGAAGGUGAAUUGGGUGUGGCAGUCCUUGCUUCAGACUUUGUCCACUCCAUCUCUGUCACCACCUCAUUCAGCAGAGGCUUACAAUGCGGGCUCUGCAUUCAUUGAUGCUGCCAUAAACUCCAAAUGUGAUGCAACAAAGCGAUUGGCCCUCUCAACAGAGCUCUGGUUGUUAAUCUUCGACAUUUGCUUGAACCGCUAUGAAGAUGCCAAACCAAAGCAUAUCAAGCACCUGUUGGGGUCAAUCACGACCAUUUUAGCCAAACGCCAUCAGGGAGAGAGCAGAAAAGUCAUCCAAUCCGCAAUCAUUGAUGCGAUUGUUCCAAGCAUCGUGCUUGGUGAACCCCAAUCGAGACUUAAGGGAUGCUUGGUCUUUCUAGAGACAUUCAUCCGCAGGGGUGCUUUCUUGCCCUCCGAAUUCAUUUCCUCGGUUCGAGCUUGGUUAGAAAAGAGCCCAGAAAAGUGGACUCCUGUUUUUGCCAAUGAUUAUGAAGCUCUUCAAGAUGAAUCUGGCUCAUCAGAUAUGUCCGACGAAUUAGCAGCCAGGAUUUUCGUGCUAGGACUGUUGACUCAAACGAAUAACAGAACCAUGGCGGCGUCAGCAGGCAACCUACUUUCUGUCUUGAUACAGAAGAUGAAACCGGAAACCUCGGCACAAAAGCUGUCCGAAAUCUGGGUUGCCCCCGUGAGAAGAAUGGUCUUGCAAAGCGAGGAAAGCCUAGAAGAUCUGUCAAAUAGGCUAUUACAGCCUUUGUUUACCAUCGAUCCCAGCGGCUUUAGGACUUUCCUUGAGACCCUACCUGUUCAGAGUCUCCUCAAAGGUGACAUGAGCGAUGAAUCUGAAGCAGAGUAUAUGCUUUUGUUUGCUGCUUUACAAGUUGGCAAGAAGGUCAAUUUGGUCCACGAGGACUAUAUUCUCAACUCCAGCAAAACAAAACCCAACCAGAGCGAGCUUUUGCUUUUGAAGAGCGAAGUCAUUGGUAACUUCCUUCUUCACCGCGAAGCGAACAUCCGCAUCGCCGCUCUCUCACUCCUCAUUACGGCUUUCUCCACACUAAAGCCGUUUACUGUGGGAGCAACCAGAGCCAUCCUACGAGGGCUACCAUCUAUGCAUGCCGAAUCAGAUGCCUACACCCGAGGUGAGAUUCUCAGCCUGACACGGAGAUUUAUUCUGCGCUUGAAGGGAGGCAUUGUGAAGGAUGAAGAUGUCGUUUCCAAUGGCGAGAGCACAGCAAACAAAACAGCCACUGGCCAGGCCAAGAACGAGAGUGGAACCAAGGAAUUCUUGAGGGAAUACAUUCAGUUCUUGGGAAGUGAUCUGCGUUUGAAUGCAUCAUACCCCCGCCAUAUCACAGCCUUGAAGGCAUUGAAGCUUUUACUAGACUCCGGUCUUGAUCCACGCACGGAGGCCAAGCCGCAGAAGUCCGAGAUUGAAAAUGUAUGGAAGAUACAGGUUGAGGUGUUUGAUACUCACUUACUCCGGCUAUUGAUUGAUCUUCUUAUGGAUCCGUUUGAAGAAGUACGCCAGACUUCUCUUUCGAUCCUUAAUCUGUGUCCUCGAGAGAUUCUAUUGAACGGAAUGGACACCAACGCUCAAAAUUCCUCUGUGGGAAUGCGAUUGACAGAUGCUGUUGCCCGAGCAGAAAGCCUUGCAAGCAAUACCAGCAGAGCUGAUCACGCGGAUACCGUUGCGCGGUUAUACCACAUAAUCUUUGCUGCCGCACUUCCAGGGAACUCUGGUCAGGCGGCUACGAAUUGGUGGACCACCAAGGCUUCUGUGGUUGAUACUCUUUUGACCAAGCUCGAGGAGCGCUUAUCAAGUUCAAAUGGCCUCUUCAAUUCUGGCCUUCGCGAAGCACCCCUUCACGGCUAUACAUCUGGGUUGAGACUCAUUGUGCUUAUGCCCAAUUUCCACACUCUGAUUUCAGAUGAGUCGGGAUCUGCGGCGUGGCGGUCAGUUCAUGAACGAAUUGUUUCAAUUUGUGAUAGAAUUUGGCUGGAGGCAAAGCCUGUAUUGUGCAUUGAUUCCCCAGAAGGCCACUCGGAUGAGCCGACUGAAGAGCUGAACGUGGGCCCCAAGGAUGUUCUUUCUUAUUCCUGGAGAUCACUUCGUGAAUGUACUCUUCUCUUCCAUGCCACAUUGAUAAAUACUAGUUACGGACCUAGCGGAGAUGAUGGGCUCCAACGUGCGGACUUCGCCAAGAUUGGAGGCGCAAGUUUUACACAGCUGGCUGAGCUCCGCCACAGAGGUGCAUUUUCAAACGUCUCUCAGACCUUUGCGACAUGUUGUCAGAGAUGUAGCUCUGCGAAGGAUCCGUCCAUUCGGGAGCUUCCCCGGGGUUGGUACCAGGAAGCUAAAUCGACCAUCUUCGACUCGGCGUCGAAACUUACUCGCCGAUCCGCUGGCUUGCCCGCCUUGGUAACGGGAAUUGUUGCUUCAGAUCCUGGUACGCCAUUCUUCAAGGAAGCCAUAGAAGAACUCCAUAAGAUUUCGUACCUCCCUGUGGAGUACGAUAAGGAGAGACAGUACUUGGAACUCCCUCAAGUUCAUGCAAUGAACUGCCUGAAAGACAUCUUCACAAACGCCAAGCUUGGUCCUUACACCGAGCCAUUCAUCAUGAAGGCACUGACGCUGUCUGCUGAACGACUGGGAUCGCCUAUUUGGGCACUUCGGAAUUCUGGACUCAUGCUCUUCCGUGCCCUACUUACGAAAAUGUGUCGCGCUAUCCCGGGUGCUGGACCGGGCUUCGGAGGAAGCUCUGGAUCUGAGCCUGGAUCUAGGAUCGCAUUCCCUAAGUACCCAGGCUUAUUGGAACUGCUCUCUGGUCUCCUCACAACUACUCAAGGAGAAGCAGCGGAGGGUACUGAAAUUAUCACCGAACGGGUGUUCCCUGCACUUGAAUUGGUUGGCGACAAAGUUCCCAGUCUCACUGAUGGAACUGAUGAGAUGCUGCGUGGUCUGGUUCUUGCUCACUUGAGCAGCCCUGUUUGGGGAGUCAGAGAGCACGCAGCUCGUGUGUAUGCUUCACUACUUUCGCGAGAAAAUAUUCCUGAGGCUUUGCACGCACUUAUUGUUCUUCCUUCCACAAUUACCGAAAAUUAUAUGCACGGAGUGGCUAUGUGUACGCGCUAUGCUCUUCGCCGAUAUGCUGCGACUACCGAUGCCUUCUGGACCUCCAACCUCGAUCAGCUUUUGAAUACUUUACGAACCCUGUUGGAAGUCUUAUUUCGUGUCGGGAAAUCGCCGACCGUGGCAGCCGAACUCGUUGAGAUUUUGGUGGGCACUCUGGAGCGGGCUAUUCACGGUCCAAGCGAGGCCGUGGUUAUCUCUUUCAUCAAUGAGAUGUUUGAAGCUCACGAUCUCAAUGGAAUCUUGAUAUUCGUCUUCGAUGCUUCUCGUUCAGGAUGGAAUCUAUCCAGUGCCACUCGAUCAUCUGCGCUACUUCGAAGAGCACUAGCCUGGUGCACAAUAUUGAAGCUUCUUGCUUCAGGACAAACAGAAGAGCUUCCAAUCUUCUACAACGCAGUGUCGCAGUUCGAUGCCAAUGCCGCUCGCUGGAUUACUGAAAGACUUGAUGAACAGAUUGGAACAGAAGAAAGGUACCAGAAGCCACUGGCCGACUUGUAUACUUCAGUGGUUCUUGGCAACAGUCCGCCAUACGUUCGGACGAUGGCCGCAUCUAAUCUGGCGUCGAUUUUGGAGAAGAUGAUGGCAUCCCAGUUUGAUCAUGUUUCUCGACUUGAUCUUCCAUGGGAGGCUAUCGCGAAUAACUUCCGCCCUGAGACAGAUAUUGAAACCUGGAAUCGCGAAGCAACAGACGCCGAGCUUCGUCUUCGAGGAUGCCUUUUGGCCAUUCGGCUCGCCUAUGAUCGCGCGAGUGCUUUCAUCUCCUUCGAAAAGGACAUUCACAACUGGACUGUCAAAUUAGUUUCUGCCUUGAGCGAAGAGACCGAAUUUACCACUCGCUUAGCAGCAGUCGCCUCUGUCGGCAGUUUUGCGCGGGCUCUUCGGCCUUCCGGAGCUAAGCCUCGCGUUGACCCAGUGUUAUUGAACACAUAUCUUGUCCUAUACGACAUGCUCAACGAUGAUGACGAGGAGUUGCGUGACAUGUCCGCAUCGACAGCCUCUUGGGUGUUGUCUCACUCUUCCGUCUCCCCAGAUGCCGAUGUUACGCUGGCACCUCUGAACGCAAGUGCGCUUCUUGCAGACUUUGUGGUCGAGAAUUACUCGGAUUCUAAACUGCUUGGACAGCAGGUUCUUUAUUACCUGACAGGCCAGCAGCCCCGGCUUAGUGCAUCUGACAACCAGAACUGCAUCGCCCCUGUGGCCAAUUUGUUUGCUGAGUAUCGACAGGAGAGCACUGUUCUAUUUGUUGAAGAGAAGCAGAACCUUUUCAUUGAUGAAAUCCGCGAAGCUGAGGUUUGGUCUCGGGCUCUGACUCGCCUAAACAUGUCAGCACUCCCGCAAUCAUCACUGCAACAGAUCGCAAACUGGGCUUCGGAGGGGUUGACAUACAUGACCGGGCUUCUCAAGGAGGAAGAUGGUCAAGAUGGACUAAUGGGUUGGGUUUCGACGCCCGAGGCCUUUACUCUUGGAUUCCGCGUUAUUGCGAUUGCUUCAGCCCUGGCAUCUCCAGAUUUCUCUGCUCCAAAGGAAAUUGUUGAUCCCGCACAGUUUACGCAAUCACUCGAAUUGCUUCUCCGUGCGGUCCUACUUGCUGUUGGGCUGAUUGCCCCCGGCGUCGCGUGUUUGGGAUGGUUUUGGUACGCAAAGGGCGUGAGAAAUGGAUUCGCAGAAGGGCAGUGGAUAGCGAGAAUGAAUCGGGAUCGGGCUGAAAACAUCAACGAUGUUGAGCGAGGUCAUCUCAAAGGUCCUGUUUGGGUCCCGAAGUAUACCAACGGAGGAUGGUGUCGCGCCAAAGUUUCAGACUCAAUCCCUUUACGCUCACCAGAGUAUGUUUACAUCCCAGGUCAACGCAGAGGUCGCCCAAAUUCUGACCAACGCUUCGAAGGCCCCAGCCGAAACACAUCUAGUCCUCACCCGAAAUCCUCUAAGAAACCGGCUCAGCAACCAAAUCCACUCUCAAAAAGACAACAAAAAAAGCAACGAGCCCUGGAGAGGAAGAAACAGACGGAUGGUCAAAAUCAGAACAACAGCAAGGCGACACAACAGGCUCAAGACAGGCAAAAUACCCACUGGGAUGCUAAGCCAGAAAGAAACGAUUGGGUCAGCAAUAAGCAAAAUGACUGGGAAGACAAAAAUGUCAACCAGAGCCAGAAAGAAUGGAAUGGACCACAACAGAAUCAAGAUAAUCCAAACUCGGAUUGGAAUGCCAAAUCAGGACCAGGCAAUUGGAGCAGUGGAGAUCACAACAAGACUCAAGAUCGGGGCAACAACAGCAACAAGGGCAGUGCUUGGGGCAAUAAACACGACAACAACAAUCACAACAACAAGGAUGACGGCUGGGGGAAUGAAGCAAAAGGAAAAGAGGGCAGCAAAAUUCAUGGCAACGGGAAGAACAAUGGCAAUGGCGAUGGCCAUCACUCUGGUCGCAGCUAUCACAAUGGCUUUGUCAACAACUUGCAGAAGCAGCAGACUACAAGCUGGGUACAAGCACAAUCAGAGCCAAACAACGAAGGAUAUCAUCAUACUUCCGUCCAAUCAAAUCAGCCUAAUGCUAGGUGGUCGAACAAGGGCACAGAUCAUGGAAGCCAUUAUGGAAAUGCCCGCAGAAAUAGUGGCAGUAGAUGGGGCAAUGGCAACGGCAAUGACAAUCGGAGAAGCUCAAGAAAUCGAUCGAACAACAAGCGAGGAUCUCAAAGGAUAGCAUGGGGUCAAUCGAAGCAUGGCAACUGGGACACCAACGUCAAUGAGCCAAAAGGAAACCAUGUGGCUUGGAGCGACAACAACGGUGCCGCAGAAGAAUGGGGAGAGAAUUCUCAUAGCAAUCACAAUGGGGUAUGGAGCCAGGAUGACAACAGACAAGGCCGAGGCUCUCAGAAGGGAUGGCGAAACGAAUCAGCAGACAGGAUCAGGAGUAAACGCCGUGGACGAGAACAAAGCCGAAAGGAUGACAACAUGGCCUGGUAG